AUGAGUAUUUCAGGACUAGCACCAGUUACAGGGAAUUCUAGAACUAUCACAGCAGCAAAUGAUGGUACUGGAACUUCUGUUUAUGCAUCACAAGCUUAUAAUGGAUAUGGAUAUGUUGCACCAAUAGGAUAUAAUCAUAGAGGUAUAGAUGAUGUUGGAAGAAUAACCAUGUCAUUAAAGUCAGGUAUUGAUUCUGAAGUGAAAUGGGCAUUAAAUUCAUUAUCAAGAAUUUCAUUACAUCCAAAUUUUAAUUUAGAACAUUCAAGUUUCUUAGGGAGUGAAUUAAUUAAAUAUUUUUAUAAACCUUUUCAAUUAAUUGGAGAAAAGAAAUAUGAACAAGUGACUCAAGAUUUAUUGACUUUUAGUUUGGAUUCAUUAUUGACUUUAAGAAAUCUGGCUCAAGAUUUACAUAAUCAACAAUGGUUAUCACAAAUAAAAUCAUUUAAAAAGAAUGUUCUUGACGCAUUAAAAUUCUUAUCAAAUUGGUUUUAUCAACCAAAUUUCCAAAUACCCCAAUUGAAACAAUAUGAUAGUCAAUUCUCGGAAGCUUUAUCUUUUUUGAUUGAUUUGCUCGAACCUUUAACUUGUUACUAUAUUGAUAAUACCAAACAUGAUCCAUUAUUCCAUGUUUUAUUACAAACUUUAUUAGCCACUCAGGAUAAGACAUUAUUCGUAACUAUACUUAAAUGCCUUUCUCAUUUAUUGAUUAUUCGCGAUAGAAAAAGAAAGGUAAAUUCAGAUGAUGAUGAAGAGGUAAAGCAUCAUUUAGAUCAAGUUGUCGAAGAGGAAGAAGUAGAUGAGAAAAUAACAAACAAUUGUAUUAAUUCACUUAAAGACUCAGAUUUGGAACAUAUUGUUAAUGAUUUAUUGAUUAAUGAUAAUGAAAUCAACAAUGCAGUAUUAGAAUUCCUUAAAAUGUAUUUAUUUUCUGAAGCAUUACAUCCAGAUUAUUCUGCCUCAAUCAAAGAUUCUCAGAAAUAUAGACUACAAAAGCUUUUACAAUUGAAAACAUCUAGAACAGCGUUCCAUACAUUAGUAAAACAAUUGCCUUUACUCACUGUUGCAAAUUUACCAUUAAACGAUCCUUCCAACAUCAAACCAAUUCCUCAAUUGAAUUUAACUAGAAGAUCAGAAUUCCCAGGUGUUCCAUCUACGUUACCUGAAUUAACUGAAGAUUUAUACAAGUUAAUAAUUAGAUUUCCGGAACCAUUAAGAGCAACCACUUGGUUGCGUUGCUGUUAUGAACCAUUCGUAGUCUCAUCCCCAUCAGAAAGCUUUUCUGGAGAUGCAGCUGCACCAGGUGAAGUUACUCAGAUAUCCUUAUGGAAAGCUUAUGAAAAGCAAUUUCAAGAAAUCUGGAAUUCCCCAACUGGUGAACCAAAUCCACAAUUUAAACCCCUUUUACCUGCAGUUGAUUUUAUCAAGAAUGUAACUCGUGCAUUCCCAAGUUCAGAAGCUAUGGUUGUUAAUUUACCCGCUCCUGAAGGCAGCAAUGAAGCACCUAAGAAGAAAUUCAUUAUUAGAGGUAUUCAACCUAGGCAGUUUGCUGUUAAUAUUGAUGUUGCCAAUUAUGAAGCCUUAAAACCAAAUCCAAUCAGUUCUGUUAAUCCAGUAGAAAAUCAUAAAUUACCAAUUGGUCAUAUAGAUGUAGAAAAGUUCAAUCAUGCAAUUGCUGGAGUAGCUGAGGGAAUAUUAGUCGAUGGCUCGGGAGUUACGAAAAAACUGGAUAUGUUUAAUCAAAUAAAUGAAUCAAGUCAUGAUAUUUUGGAAUAUAUUAUACAUGAAGUCUUGGAUGAUAGUGAGAAUUCUAUUGAAGAGAAUAUUUUUAGGUUAUAUAAUAGUUAUUGGUUGCCUGAAUUGGUAUAUGCCAACCCUUCAUUAGUUGAAAGUGGAAUUAUAAAUGCCAGUUGGUUGAAGUAUUUGAUUUAA